UUCAUGAACCACCGAGUCCCUGCCCACAAGAGGUACCAGCCCACGGAGUAUGAACAUGCGGCCAACUGUGCCACCCAUGCUCCGUUGAAGCCCUCACUGCCCUGUAUUGUGCCUGGCUGGAACGCACCCGUCCGUCGCCUAUUCAAUCAGCAAACAGUCCCUGGAUACCCUUGAUGUACCAGGCACUGCUCCAGGCCCUGGUGAUGCAGAUCAUCCUCGGCAGCUCCAACCUCUACUUCCUGUCGGACGAUGACUGGGAAACCAUUUCUGCCUGGAUCUACGGCCUUGGCCUCUGUGGGCUCUUUGUGGUGUCCACCAUGUUCCACACCGUCUCCUGGAAGAAGAGCCACCUCAGGAUGGUGGAGCAUUGUCUGCACAUGUUCGACCGGAUGGUCAUCUACUUCUUCAUCGCAGCCUCCUACGCGCCCUG